CUAACACACACAGUCCCAAACCUGACUUUCAAGCAUUCGGAUCCCCAGUAGGAGAUUGGGACUAUCUGUAAUCUGACGCGUAAACAUCCUUCAGACUUCUGGUUUGCUUUAUAUCGUCCGGACUAUACUUUUUUACCCCCCUCCUGCUUAGCAAGACAUUGGAGAAGUGGACUGGAUCCUGCCAACAAAUUCCACCUUAUCUGUCUGCUCUGAUAAAGAUAUUUAUUGCAUUUGUGUGAAUUUGUUGGUGCAGAUCAUUUCGGAUGUUUUAAGGAUCCGGCAAGCUGUAUAUGGAAGUUGUGGGGUGCAAGGUGAAAGAAAACAGUUGCACUUUGCGUCCAGCAGCCAUGCUUUUCCACGGCAUCUCUGGGGAUCAUAUUCAAGGGAUCAUGGAGGAGAUGGAGAGGAGAUCUAAAACGGAGUCUCGCCUGGCUAAAACCGUACAGAUGAACGGGCGAGAGACGACGAUGCCCUCCAUGAGUCCAGAGAAGCCUGCCUUGUGCGCCGGCUGCGGUGGCAAAAUCUCCGACAGAUACUACUUACUCGCCGUUGAUAAACAGUGGCAUUUACGGUGUCUAAAGUGUUGUGAAUGUAAACUGGCCCUCGAGUCCGAGCUGACGUGUUUCGCAAAGGAUGGCAGCAUUUACUGCAAAGAGGAUUACUACAGAAGGUUCUCCGUGCAGAGAUGUGCCCGCUGCCACCUCGGGAUCUCUGCCUCAGAAAUGGUGAUGCGUGCCAGGGACUCUGUAUACCAUCUGAGCUGCUUCACCUGCACCACAUGCAACAAAACACUGACCACGGGUGACCAUUUUGGCAUGAAAAACAACUUAGUUUACUGCCGGGUUCACUUCGAGACCAUUAUUCAGGGAGAGUAUCACCCUCAAUUGAACUACGCUGAAUUAGCAUCCAAAGGCGGAGGGCUCGCGCUGCCUUACUUCAAUGGCACCGGCACGGUGCAGAAAGGAAGACCUCGGAAGAGAAAGAGUCCAGCGAUGGGGAUAGAUAUCGGCAGUUACAACUCAGGUUGUAAUGAAAACGAAGCAGACCAUUUGGAUCGGGAUCAACAGCCCUACCCUCCUUCCCAGAAAUCCAAACGCAUGCGUACAUCGUUUAAACACCAUCAGCUUCGGACCAUGAAGUCCUACUUUGCCAUAAACCACAACCCUGACGCCAAGGACUUAAAACAACUUGCCCAAAAGACAGGCCUGACCAAGAGAGUUCUUCAGGGAGAACAAAUCUUGGGGCAUUACAGCCAUACUUCACGACGUUUGAAAAUUCCCUAAAGUAUUUAACGAAGGGGGAAAACUUUGAUCGGAAUUCUUCACCAUUGAAGACAAAGACAAUUUUAGGAUCAGAUAAUAGAGUGAUAAAAAAAGCCAAUCCACCAAACAAAGUAAUUCCAUUUUUUUUCUGUUUUAAAAUGCUGUUUUGAAUGUUAAAAUCCAUCUUUAUAAGAUAAUUCACAACAAACUGGAUAUUAUGACCUGUUAAAACAGUGUAAUAAUGACAACAAGGAAGAAAAGAGGCAUUAAAAAAAAGUUGUACAGUAUUGUAAAUAUAAAUAUAGAGCAGCCUUGCUCUAAGAGGCGACUGCAAGAGAUGGGAGACUUUACACACACAUGCACCCACAUUCGCAUGCAUGUCUACACACAUACACACAGACAACACACUUCCUUGAUAUUCUGCUUGCUGUUAAACAUUCCUGUGUCACAACUGUCACUUAUCAUAAACACACAGCCUUCCUAAAACAUGGCAGCAAAACGUCCAGCCAGGGAAAGCUGAAUAGGGACACUAUAGAACUCUUAUGGAACACCUUAAAGAAUAAAAAAAAGAACCACAAAAUUAUUCACAUUUCUUUGCAUGCACUUCACAUCUUUCAGAUGGAUAAUAUUUUAUAGUGAUGUUUCAUUUGUUGUCUAUUGUAUACUACAAGCUUUAAAAGGAAUUAAAGUAAAGCCAAAACCCUACCAUAAAAGGAGAGUAAAAAAGAAAAGGAAAUCCCAUGAAAGCAUGCUUCAUUUGACAAUAA